GUUCUGCAGCUGCACGUCACUGGGACAACUACUUCCACAGGAAUAAGGGCGGGGCGAGUUUGAAGGAAGCCAAUCUAAACCCUCCGUUUUCUACCAUGUGACUCUAACCCCGGAAUCACAACAACAGCUCCCACUUGUUGACAGUCGGCGGCAGAGAGCGGAGCGCGGCCCUGUCCUCUGCCCCUGGACUGUCACGAUGUCGGCUCUGCUCCACGUGGCGCUGCCCUUCCUCUUCUGCGUGCUGGUGGCCAACACCGGCCUGUUCGACGGGGUGGCGGUGGACUUGUCUUACGAUCAUUACGCGGAGAGACGGGUGGAGUCUCUGCCGCCAUUCCUGGCGAUGCCGUGUAACUGUGUGGUGAACGUGUUGUACAUCUGCAUGGGUCUGUACUGGCUGAGGAGCAGAGAGGGGGAGGGGGAGCAGAGCCGCUACCUGAGACAAGUGUUCGCCCUCAUGGCCAUCCUGUACGCGCCUGUGCAGUGGACGCGCUUGGCGGUGCUGCGGCGCGCCCCCGCCGUGCUCGACCAGUGGUUCACGCUCCCGAUCUUCGCGUGGGUUCCGGUGUGGAUCGGCUUCAUCGAGCGCGGCCCGGACAAGUGGCGCGCGUCUCACGCGGCCGCGCUAGAAGCGUGCUCGCUCCUCAGCUACGGCCUGACGCUGGUGCACGAGCUCGGCUUCGAGGUGGCGCUGGGCUGUCACGUGGCGCUCGCCGUGUUCAUGGGAAUGCGCGUGCAGCGGACGCACGGGGAUCGUCGCACGGGCGCCUACCUGCAGCUGGCUGUGCUGUCGUGCGCGGGCUUCGUGCUGCUGAAGCUGCUGGAUCACUGGCUCGCUCGGUACCGACUGUUCCAGCGCUUCACCGGACACUUCUGGUCCAAAGUGUGCGACGUGCUGCAGUUUCACUUCAGCUUCUGUUUCCUGAGCACACUGACGCACAGGGCGCAGGAGAGGAGCGCGGCGCGGAACCGCUGACGUUACUCAUCCUAAAAGCAUCAUUCACCCGUCAUUUCACUUUGCUGUCUGUCUGGGCCCCCAGCAACCGUUUCUAUCUCUCUGUUAGGGAACAAUCAAGCAUCUUUCUAUCUCUCUAUUCUUGAUCAAUCAAGUAUCUCUCUAUCUAUCCUUCUAUUCUUGAUCAAUCAAGUAUCUCUCUAUCUUUCUAUCUCUCUAUUCUUGAUCAAUCAAGUAUCUAUCUAUCUCUCUGUUCGGGAUCAAUCAAGUAUCUACCUAUCUAUCUCUCUAUUCUUUAUCAAUAAAGUAUCUAUCUAUCUCUCUGUUCAGGGUCGAUCAAGUAUCUAUCCAUCUAUCUCUCUGUUCAGGAUCUAUCUCUCUAUUCGAGAUCACCCAAGUAACUAUCUAGAAGCACUGGACUUAAUACGCACAAACAUCCUCACACUUGUACAUAUUCCAUAUGACAAAUGUCACAAUCAAAUCAUAUUGUGAACAAUUUAUUAUUAAGAUCAAUGAUGAUUGUUACUUUUAUUAUUGCUGCUAAUGAUUACAUUUUAUUGAAUCUUCCCUGUUCCUUUAUGAUUAUUAUGUAAACUCCGCACUACAGUGUGAUAAAGAUUAGAAAAGAAUAAAUCAAAUGAAAAAAAAGAAAACGUCCUCCAGCAGACACUUUUCAUUCAUUGGGAGACCACUUCUAAAGUUCCACUGGAAAAUGGCUGCAGGACAAACCAGAAUCUCUGAAACUAUAAUCUCAGAGGAUUUAUUUAUUGUUGAAAUGUUAAAAAUCAUAUAAUCAGUCAAUUCAUGAUCAAAAUCAUGACUAGUUGGAGUGAUGUAGCACGUAUAAAAGGGUCUGCUUUGAGUACUGGGUUAGCAGCAGCAGUUUACUGUUAAUAACUUAGCUCAGAGUAUUGAGGGGAUUUCUUUCUCUAAUAUCCAUUUAGUUGUUUAACUAAAUGUGCAAAAAUAACUAAAAUGUUUGUUGCAGAUGCUGCCAUAGCUUCAGUGUAAUUAAAUGUUCCAUACCUCACCGGCCAUUGUGUGGUUGUCAGUCAGUGGUAUACAGCACAAUAUAAGCUGUGUGAUGUCAUUUCUAUAGCCAACAAAGUCUCCGAAUGUAUUCAUAGCUUUGGCUGACAGUUCGUUACCAUCUCUCUGUCUAAUUAACUUUGUUUAGUCAUUGCUGGAGGAGAGUGGCAGGGAGGAACUUGUUUAUACAUACUUGUAUACAUAU